AUGUCUGGUUUUCGUGGUGCGGGGCGUCUGGAGGACGACGGGAAGGAAAACCGGAAGCGCAUGCAGAGGAGCGAGCCGGCCUGUGGAGGUUUGGUUGGUUGGCAAAUUGCCUCAAAGAGUCGCUGUCUCGCGUGCGGGCGACUUGCGUCCAUGUGUGAUUGCCAGAAGUCAAGGAUAGAUCCCCAACUCAAGCGGCAGAAGCUUGAGAGCAUUCUCCUUAGCACUCCGUACGUUCGCUCCAAGCAGGUUAGAGCACUAGAAGACAUUUCCCGUGAGGAGUCCAAGAAUCGUCGUCGUCUGGUGGAGCGAUGGGGUGAUGAGUUGGAGUCGAUGAGGCAUCUGGCCUUUACACACCACCGUAUUUUUCUUUUGAUCCUUGAAGAGACAGCCGCUCGUGAGGCUUUGAUGGCUAUGGAGCGAAAGGCAUGGUCGGAGGGGAUGGUUACUGUGGAUCGACACAUUGUUUUGUGCGCCAUUUCCUUUUAUGAGCGGGAGGAAAGACUGCAGUUGUAUGCCUCAGCGCAAAGGGAGGUGCAGGUGGUCUUGGCAUGGCAUGAAGUAACGUGUCAUCUUCUUGGCUUACGAAGUCGCGAGGCGGCAUUUCGCAACGCUCUUGUAAACCACGAGGCGGCGACCAGAGCGGCGCUAAUAAGCCACAAUGUGGAGCUUUUAAAUCGCAUGGACGCCAAUGAGAAGGAUCGCUUUAUUUUCUAUGAGGCAUUUAGGGAAAGCCGCGAGAAACUUGUUGUGGAGUGGCAGGGAGGCGUGGAGGCGAUUCAGAGCGCCAUUGCGGCAGAUCAGCGACAGGUGGAGUGGAUGCUGCAGGGGAGAAAUCGGUUGUGCGAGCUAUGUGAAAGACAGAGGGCCGAGUUGAAGGCAGAAGAAGAGGAACGUAGGCAACGCCUGUCUGAAAUUGCGCGUAAAAAACAACAUGCUUUAAUGGAGAGGGUACAAGUGUGUGAACAGCAGCGAUGCACUUUGGCUCAGCAGGAAGCGGACAGCCGCUCUGCCAUUCUUCAAGAUGAGGCAGCCGCAUGCAAGGCGUUAUGGUUGUUUUUUAAAGACGGUGAAAGAGAGGCUCGUGAGCUGGAGCAAUUGAGGUACGAACGUUGCGGGGUGGAGCUUCGCGCGGCCAUCCAUCAGUUAAGGAGCAUCGCCGAGGAGGAGGCCGCCGCUUUUGCUCAGCUCAAGGCACAGGAGCAUUACGAGAAGGACCUGCGCUACAAGUGGAUGCUUGAGAAGGAGAAGCAGCGCAAAGAGCUGGAGCAGGCUGCCCUUCACCAUUUGCGGUUAAUCGAGGAGGAGGAGGGAAUGGCUCGACAGGCAUCCAUGAAGGCUAUGCAGGAGGCGGAAGUGGGGAUUGCAGUGUGGCUUCAACAGAAGACGCGGAUCCUACGGGAGCUGGUGGACACUGCACUCGGUCAGAAGGGGGAAAUGCGUUUGCGGGAACAUGAAGAGCGCUUUGCGUUGGUGUCGCGUAAGGCGGAGCAUGAAGACGCCGUACGUCGAUGGAUCGAUCAAAAGGAAUUUGCGCGGCAGUCUCUCAUAAAAGAGGAGACUACACAUCGUGUGAAUACGGUAGAAAUGGAGCGCGCUGUGCGAGAUGAAUUCCGUUGGCACUUUGACUCAGCUUUGGAAAUGUGCCGAGGUCUCAUUUAUGAACGGAUUACUGAACAGAACAUAUUUCAACAGAAGGCUCUGCAGGUGUUAAAUGAUAUUGUGGAGCAGGAAGCCAAGGCGAUGCUUCUUAUGAGGCGCCUCAUUUUCGAUGACAGGGAAAGGACACGUCACGAAGAGAACCAUCGGCAAUUUCUUGAAAUCUGGAAUGCUGAGGCGGAGUGCCGUACGUACAUUGUACAGCAAGAAGUCCGCCACCGUGAGAGCAUCUCCACACAGAUGCAUCUUCAAAGAAGCUUUUUUGCAAAGGAGGCACAGGAACUCCUUAAGGCGCGAAUUUGCGAGAUUUUGGCGACAGAAGAAAGCCAACGUCUUGUGCUUUUGCAUCAUUUCUUUGAGGCUACAGAGCAGAUUUAUUUUUUAUUUCGACAAUCCCGGGAAGAGGCAAGACGGUGUGAGAAGGAGCGUGUGCUUGCGGAGCUGCGUCAGCGCGAAACGGAGUUACUGGAGGACACACGUCUGUAUCGCGAGGAUGAAUGGCUCACCCUUGAUCACACAGAGAACAGAUUGCCAGAGCCUCAGGAAUCAUCUGCAUUCCCUUUGGUGGAUGAUGGCUUGUGGAAUACCCAGCGACAGCUUGUCAUGGCCGAGCUUGGCGGGGAGGAAGCGGAUGUCAUGACGCUUCCCCCGGCAGCUGUGGGGUUUCUGGCCAGCAUCAUUGACGCUAUCUCCAGGCGGGAGUCGUCGCUCACGGCAACGCUGCGUCAAGUGGAGGUGGCGGUCAAUGAGGCAAGACAGAAGGUGGCAAACCAAAAUCAGUUGCUCUCCGGCGUGAAGGAACGAUGGGAGGAGUCGAAGGAAAAACUGAAACGUGAUGCCGCCGAGCACAACACACGUGUGGCGAUGUACCGCGACGCACGACAGAGGGAUGAGGCGCAGUUGGAGCGGGAACGGGCGAGGCUUCAAACCAAAACCGAGGAACUGCGUAGAAUGCAGAACAGCGUCUCUGGCAUGCGAGAUGCUAUUCACAAUCAAUACCGGAAACGAUAG